CAGGGCUGUGGGCUCUGCAAGGGAGGCUUGGAGCUUUAGAAGAGUGUUUGUGACAGAGGUAGAUCACAAUCUGUCCUGGCAUGUCUUUCCUGCUGUACCUGCAGACCAUGGCCACCCAGCCUCUGAGCCAGAGGAAGCUGAGCUAGAGGAACCUGUGCCAGAGGAGCCUGUAUCAGAGGAAGCUGUGCCAGAGGAGCCUGUGCCAGAGGAAGCUGAGCCACAGGAGCCUGUGUCAGUGGAAGCUGUGCCAGAGGAGCCUCAUGGAAGUCCCACCGGCAUGGCUUCUGAUCAAGGGCACCCAGAUUCUCAGGUGGCUUCAGGACAUGGGCACAAAGAUGCCAAGCUGGGAGACACAGACCAUGGCCACCCAGCCUCUGAGCCAGAGGAAGCUGAGCUAGAGGAACCUGUGCCAGAGGAGCCUGUAUCAGAGGAAGCUGUGCCAGAGGAACCUCAUGGCAGUCCCACAGCUGUGACUGGCGGCUGUGGGCACCCGACCUCUACACCAGAGGAGCCUCAGCACCAAGGAGACACAGCUGUGACUGCAGGCUGUGGCCACCCGACCUCUGUGCCAGAGAAGCCUCAGCACCAAGGAGACACAGGUCCUCAAGAAGCUAGUCACAGUUCCCCUGAGGGGAAACACUCUGGGCAUCCACCAGGAGGACUGAAGGACGUCCUGGAAAUAUUGGAGAAGGCAGCAUAUGAGACCAAACGUGAGGGUGUGGAGGAGGAAGAUCAGUCAGGUUCAGUCUCUGCUGAAGGAAGAGGAGCAGAUGAGUCAGGCUUGUCAGCAGACAAGCCAGUGCUGUCCAGCCUCAAGGAAUCCCGCCAGGCCAGGAGAUACGAAUUUUCGGGAAAGAAUCCAGGCAUGGAUGGGAAGAAAAAGUCAAAUGCAGGAAAGUCUACUUCGGUCUGGACCUACUUCAUCAUCGGUGCUGUGGGAUUCUUGGUCUUCCUGGUGCUGUGGUGGUUGUUGUGCAUAACCUGUCUGUGCAAGCACCGAAAAGAGGUUAGGCAGCUGGCUAUGCUCUUGUAAGAGGACAGACUGAGAGGACUGGGAGUUGCCAUUGUCACCAGGGCUGCCAACUGCUGGUCUCUGCCAGGCACAUGUGGACACCUGCUUAUAGUUAUUGUUAUUGUUAUUGUUGUUG